AGCAGUGAACCGCGAGAGAGGGAGCGAGUGGGCAGGAUCGGAUGUGACCAUCAUCCGUUGUUUUGGACCUACAGGCCCGAUCCGUGCGGGAGGCUGCGGCGCGUUUCGGGGACCAGGGAAGGGACGAGUCCGGGUUGGUACUUUGAUUCUGGAGUACACGUUGAUCCUUGCUGCUCUGACAACUUGACUCGGAUCUGGGUCACGCUUCAGUGUCAUAAUGGGCUCCUCCACCACAUCUGCCGCCCUGUUAUGUCUGCUGGCAGGGGCUGUGGCAGCCAUUCAGACCCCCCAGACAGUGUUUUUGGAAAAGGAGCAGGCGAGCUCGGUGAUCGCCCGUCAGAAGCGGAACGUCGACGGCAGCAACCCUGCCCAGCCUUCCAGCCUUGAGCAGGUUUGCAUGGAGAGGGUGUGCAGCUACGAGGAGGCCAGAAAGUUCUUCCAGGACUCGUACCGCACGGAUAUCUUCUGGUCUGUCUACAUUGAUGGAGACCAGUGUGCAGAGAACCCCUGCAAGAAUGGAGCCCUGUGUUCGGACAGCGUGGGAGGCUACGACUGCGUCUGCAAGUCGGGUUUCACGGGGGUCCACUGUGAAAAAGACCAGACACUCUGCAUCCUGGAAAAGGACAAGGGCUGCUCCCAAUUCUGCAAACCAGGCUACACGUCCUACCAGUGUUCCUGCGCCCGUGGGUGGAAGCUCAGCCACGUGGACAGGAAUAAGUGCGAGCCUGCAGUCACAUACCCCUGCGGUAAAGUGAACAGUUUGAGUCGGUGGAAUGACAGACUGUCCAGCAACACCCGCAGCAACUUUGAGGGACUUAGCUGUACUUCUACAGAGUGUCCCUGGCAGGCUCUCUUGAAGAGUUCAGAGUCAGCAGCUUUCUGCAGCGGAGUCAUCCUGAAGGAGAACCUGGUCUUGACUUCAGCGCAGUGUGCCAAAAAAUACAGCUCCUUCCAAGUGGCCGUUGGCAAGCACAGCACCAACUAUGAAAGUGGAGAGCAGACGCUGUACGUAAAAAUAACUCACUUCCACCCGCGCUACGUGGAGGGACGUCCUGAAAAUGACCUGGCUCUGAUUGAGCUCCGCGACCGCAUCGCCUUUAAGAAAAAUGUGAUUGCUGCCUGUCUGCCAGACAGAGACUUUGCCGAGAGCAUCCUGAUGACGGGAGAGUUCCCCGCUGUGGUCACUGGCUGGAAAACACUCGACCAGGUGUCUACUUUCCAGGGCCCUCUCACUCUUAAUCAUCUGGUGUACAACCGGCUGCCUCAGUGUCUAGAGACCCACCCCAACCUGAUGACCAAUAAAAUGGGCUGCACCGCUCCUCGGACCAAUGCCGACUGCACCAUGAGCUCUGGCAGCCCCUUGCUCACGCUGUACAGGGAGGUGUUCUUCCUCACUGGGGUGGUGAGCCAGCCGCCAGGGGCCGAAUGUAGCAAAGGCUACAUCUUCCAGAAAGUGUCGCGCUAUCUCGGCUGGCUGCAGCCGCUCAUGAGCUCCCUUUAGAUGGAGCAGUCAGGGAGAACAUGAGGGUUGUUGGUUAUAGAUCUCUAAUAAUGCAGGUGAAUAUAUAUAUAUAAUAAUAAAAACAGGGAAUCAGAUGAAUAUUUCCAUGUAUGCACUUCUAGCUCAAUCUUGUCAUUUGUUUUGCAUUUCUGUCUUUUAAUAAUACCCAUCUCAUAAUGGAAAAACUAUCAUAACAACAUAUAGUCUCAGUCUGGGUGGUUGCUUCCCAUCUCUCAUUAUGGACUUCCUCAAUUAUCCACAAGGUGGCUCUCUGUUAACAUUAACGAAGAAGCAUGUACCCUAUGUGUCCUGCAACCACAGGGCAAAACACAGCAGCAAAGAUGAAGUGAAUUAUUCAGCGUGUGUUUUGUGGCGUGGACAUACCUUUUAAUAACCCUUAAGUGCUGUUAUCUUGAGUGACUAUUGUACUGGUUUACACGCACCUUGUAACAUUCCUGGUAACCACUGUUCUAUGAAUGUAAUAAACCCCAACACAA